UCGUUUAUCAUGGUAUGUAUGGAUGCAUCAGAAAAAAUUGGAAAGUAACCCCAGAUGCAUCACAUAAUUGUGAAAAAAUUGAAAAUAUCCUCAGAUCAUGUGCUAAAAUGAAGGUGCUUCCUAUUCAAACCGCACAGUGGAUACAUAGAUCGUUCUCCUCGUGCCCUAUUUUGCAUCUUGAUGAAGCAAACGAAAGGCUUGAGACGAGUAUUCUCCUCUUCUUCCUCAUUCGCUUUCACUUCCAACCAGAAGCAGCAGCAACCACUUGCGGAUCAAAUCAACAACCCUCCUCCCUCUUCUUCUUCAAGCCCCUACGCCCUCCUCAAAUCAAUGAAAUCAGAGCCAGACGCAAAAUGGGCUCUCAAGCUCUUCUACAGAGCUUCAAUGCUACCUGGUUAUCGCCCAAUCCUCCCUGUUUACGACAAGCUCAUCUCCAAGCUCGCUCGCUCUGGCCAUGUUUCAUCCAUUGAAUCCCUCCUCCACCACAUGAAGUCAGAGGCCUGCAACCUCUCUGAGGGCUUCUGCAUCAACCUCAUCAACAUUUAUGGGGAGAGCCGAUUGCCCCACAAAGCCAUGACAUUCUUUUCAUCUGAAAUGGAGGCUUUAGGUUGCAAAAGGUUUGAUUGGAGAAGCAAUGCGAAUAAUGGAGGAAAUGGCAGCGAAAGGUUGUGCUCCUGAUGUAAUUACUUACAAUGCUUUGAUGGAUGGGUUUUGUAAAAAGGGGAAGAGAUUUGAAGCCUUGAAGCUAAUGGAGAAGAUGGUUGGUGAAGGUUGCAGGCCUGAUGAUAUUUCUUUCUUUGUAUUGGUGAAUUCUUUUUGUUUUGAGGGUCAGCUCAGAGAGGCAUAUGUGGCGUUGAACCAGAUGAUUAGGUCUGGUUUGAAACUCAGCGUCUCAAUUU